UGUAUUAUAUAGCUUUGUCUACCUCUUUGAAAUGAAAUGAAAUAGCGCCUUUUUUCUCAACAAGUAAUUUUGCAGUCAUACUUCCACGGAGGGAGAGAGACAGAGAGAGGGACUAGAAAUGGAGGGUGAAAUCCAUAACUUCAUCAAGGUAUGGAUCUUAGCCAACGUCUCUCUGUGUUAUUGUUUCUACAUAGCAUCAAGAAUCCCAAAGGGCAUCACCAGGUUCAUAUCUCUCCUCCCCAUCUUCUACCAGUUCAUCAUCCUCCCCUUAAAUCUCCAUUCUGUCAUCCUUUGUGGGCUCACCACCUUCUUCCUAGUUUGGCUUGGCAACUUCAAGCUGCUCCUUUUCUCCGUUGACCUUGGUCCUUUAUCUCCACCCCCACCAACACUCUUCCAAUUCAUCUCCAUAGGUUGCCUUCCAAUCCAAAUCAAGCAAAACCCACCACAAGAAUCACCCCAAAAUACAAACCCACCUCAACAAACCACCCAAAACCCCACAAGAUCUGAGAACGCAGUCGUUCAAACUGUCACAAAUGUGCCUAAAAACUCACUUACGCUGGCCAUAAAAGCGUUGCUAUUCGAUUUGGUCAUUAGGUCAUUUGAGUAUAAACAACAUUUACACCCAUAUGUAAUCUCGGCUUUGUACUACUGUCUCAUGUACCUGGCGCUAGAAAUUGUGCUAGCUCUGGGUGCGACCCCGGCUCGAGCCUUUUUCAGGUUUGAGCUCGAGCCCCAGUUCAAUAAGCCUCACCUAUCCACUUCGCUUCAAGACUUUUGGAGCCGGAGAUGGAACAUCAUGGUCACAAAGAUUCUACGGCCCAGCAUGUACUACCCUGUACGACGUAUUUGUACACCUAUACUCGGCCCUCGGUCGGCCCGAAACCUCGCUGUGAUGUCCACUUUUACCGUAUCAGGUCUAAUGCACGAGGUAAUAUAUUAUUAUCUCACACGUGUGCCUCCAACGUGGGAAGUGACAUGGUUCUUUGUGCUACAUGGGAUGAGCAUGGUAAUUGAGGUGGAGGUGAAAAAGGCGGCGGUUAAUAGGUGGCGGUUGCACCGUCUGGUUUCUGGGCCGUCCACGUUGGUGUUCUUGGUUGUGACAGCCAAUUGGCUGUUCUUCCCUCAGCAGCUGAGAAAUGGCAUCUACAUAAAGGCUGCAAACGAGCAUGCAAUUGUGCAAGAUUUUGUCAAGUCACACCUGCCUUUGCACAUUAUUGGUAGAAAAGGUAGUUGAUACACGAAUGAUUUGUAUGUCUAGUAAUACUCAAUAAUGGAAAUAAUUUGAAGUCAUAAAAAGUUCUGGUUUCCAGUUGUGACCGGUUAUAUAUUGAAAUAAACUUCAUAAUGUAAUAAAUUAUUAUUUUUCUUAGUCAA